GUUAGAUGACGUAGAACGUCACGGAGGGCGGAAGUCGCGCCUGGUGUUUUGAAAUCUGUGCUCCCGCGCGCUUUAGGGUCGGCCACGGUGAGGUCCGGCCGCAGCCCGGUUCUUGGAGGGCCCUCUGACGUCUGUUCUCUGGCCCCUGCCGCCCUGACGCCGCAGCCGCGCCAUGUCCACCCCUCCGCUGGCGGCGUCGGGGAUGGCGCCCGGGCCCUUUGCCGGGCCCCAAGCUCAGCAGGCCGCUCGAGAGGUGAAUACGGCGUCGCUCUGCCGCAUCGGGCAAGAGACGGUCCAGGACAUCGUGUACCGCACCAUGGAGAUCUUCCAGCUCCUGAGGAACAUGCAGCUACCAAAUGGUGUCACUUACCAUACUGGAACAUAUCAAGACCGGUUAACAAAGCUGCAGGAUCACCUUCGCCAACUGUCAAUUCUCUUCAGGAAGCUGAGAUUGGUCUAUGACAAAUGCAAUGAAAACUGUGGAGGGAUGGAUCCCAUUCCAGUAGAGCAACUUAUUCCAUAUGUGGAAGAAGAUGGCUCCAAGAAUGAUGAUCGGGCUGGCCCACCUCGUUUUGCUAGUGAAGAAAGGCGAGAAAUUGCUGAAGUAAAUAAAAAACUCAAACAGAAGAAUCAACAGCUGAAGCAAAUUAUGGAUCAAUUACGAAAUCUCAUCUGGGAUAUAAAUGCCAUGUUGGCAAUGAGGAACUAAACUGAUAUUUAAAUUUCCUGCUUUGUGCCUAUUACACUGUUAGGUUUUUUUCCCCAGGUAUUUUUCCCCUUUAAAGAAGAUUAUUUGCCUGCUUUUAUUUCAUCAGGAGCACUAAAGUUCUUUUUUCUAUAUUGUGGUUUUACAUUAAAGUAUUCAUUAACUUUUUAAAA